GGGUCUUUUUCAGAUUUUUUGGUUAAAAAGUCACUUGGUGUCCAAUUUAUCAUACUAUCCGUAUCCGUUCAGUAACUCUUUAGAUGGCCUGAAAUGGAACUUGGAACAGGAUUGGCACUAGUAGCCUUUGCUGAUCAAUGUAUCAAAUACGGAACCAAACUAGUGAAACGAUGCAAAAGUUAUCGCCAUGCAGUGGACGAGGCGAGGGCCUUUUUGGUCACAAUCGAGCACAACUGGCGGAAGACCGAAUCCCAAAUCAAGUUCCUUAAAUCAAUCGCUACCACUUUAGACGAAGACUAUCUCGAGAUGCAAUCGAUCCUGUUAUCUGAGCUAGAAGGCCAGCUAAAGACAGCGACGCUCACUUUAGACCAGCUGAUUGAGAAAAGCAAGCGCGGGAAGUCGCGCACAGAGUCUAAUAUCAUCGAUCGCAUGAAGAGUCUCGUAGUGAUGACACCUGGCCAGAAGAUCAAAUAUGCUUUCGAAAAGGGCACACUACAGGACCUAGUCAAUGGUCUUGAAAAGUGGCAGGGAAGAUUCGAUCCUUGCUGGAUGCUGAUAAUGCGAAUUGAAUCCCGAAGCAUCGACAACGAGCUGUCUCGGGAAACACAAAAACCCCCGGCUCAGCAGAUUCCGUUCAUUAUGGCAGCAAAGGAGAUGCGCGAUGCUGUUCAUGCGACUUUAGUGGAAAACCCUGCAGUCGAAGUUCCGAUUUGGCUGGAUGCGGACUCUUACCAUUCAUCUAACGAUGUAAUUGAGUUCUCUCCCAUCUCAAUUCAUCUCUCAAAGUCGACUGGGAAUAGUCUUAUGAUAGAGACAAUGCGCUGCAACAUCAGAUCCGAUAUUGACAGGACCACGAAGGAUGCUCGUGAUCUUGCCCAAAUCCUGCACAAGAUCAACUCCCCAAACUUCGGCCUACUCAAAUGCCAAGGAAUCAUUAAAGAAUCAGAGACUGUCACAGAUCAGUUCGGACAUCCUAAAGCUCUUCCAACCUUUUCAUUCGUGUUUGAAAUUCCCAAAGACUUUCGGAACCCGCGAACUCUCCGUGGCAUUUUACAAGAAGCUGCUCCUUUCCCAUUAAAUGAGCGACUCGACCUCGCACGCCAGCUCACCUAUUCAGUUCUGUAUAUCCACAGUGCCCGCUUCGUCCACAAGAGCAUUCGGCCAGAAACGAUUCUUGUGUUUGAGAAUGAGACGUCGAGUAUUGGCGCGCCGUUCUUGGUUGGAUUCGAGAAGUUUCGCCCUGCGGAUGGACACACUUAUUUGAUUGGAGAUGAGAGUUGGGAGAAGAAUCUCUACCGCCAUCCAACACGCCAAGGUAUUUUGCCCGAAGAGCAGUAUAAGAUGCAGCAUGAUGUAUAUAGCAUUGGCGUAGUGCUUUUGGAGAUUGGUCUUUGGACUUCACUUGUCACUUACCCUCAAAUCUCAAGUCCGAACACGGAAGGUAACAUUCCGGUCGCUUCGGAAUAUGUUAACCUCGUGUCGCCAGGCAAAGAGAAAGAUCCUCGCCUGCGAGCAUUUCGAGAUAAAGAGAUGUUAGAAAAUCUCGCUGAGCGUGAACUGCCUCAUAGACUUGGGAGAAAGUAUACUGAUAUGGUAUUGCUAUGUCUGCGGUCUCUAGAUAACCUAGAGACUGGUAUUCCGGGCGGCGUGGAUAAAGAUGGAAUAGGAAUUGGCGUAAGUUUCGUUGAAACAGUGUUAGAAUUAAUACAUGGGAUUUCUCUUUGAUUUGCUGAGAGAUCGAGCGAGAGGUAGAGACACUAAGACACCGAGAUACUGAUUUCAUAGCAGAGAGGCUAGGAGAUUACGAGAGAAGCAUAGACGCGGGGAGACACAGGGAGAGGCAGAGAGACUCAGACAUCGAGGGGGAGAGAGAGGAACUGAGAAGCCAAGAUACUAAAAGAGAGGGACGGAGGAAUUAAGAGACCGAGGGACGGACUGAGAGGCAGAGGGUCUAAGAAAUUGAGAGAGAGGCUGAGAUGCUAAGAAAUUAAGGGAUACGUAUAGAGAUUGAGCGCGAGGCAGGGAGAGAGAGAGAGAAUAGAGGAUUAAGAGAGGGAGGAGUAGAUGUUCUACGAAUAUGUGAUUUAUAGCUUUAAUUUUGCGUAAUAACAAUGGAGGAG